ACCAUGCUAGUAUAUGGGAAUGAAAACUUCCUCUCGGAUGUAAUUUACAUCAUCCUGGAACUGGUCAUUGCCGUGCUGGCCAUCUUGGGGAAUGUCCUGGUCUGUUGGGCAGUCUAUCUGAACAGCAACCUGCAAAACGUCACCAACUACUUUGUGGUGUCCCUGGCUGCAGCUGACAUUGCAGUGGGCGUGCUGGCGAUCCCCUUUGCCAUCACCAUCAGCACUGGCUUCUGUGCCUUCUUCUAUGGCUGCCUCUUCAUUGCCUGCUUCGUCCUGGUUUUGACUCAGAGUUCCAUCUUCAGUCUUCUGGCUAUUGCCAUUGACAGAAUCAUUGCUAUCCGGAUACCCCUCAGACCUCAAAACUUGCCCCUUCCUGCUGGAUUUCCUGGAUGUUGCAUUUCUGUUUCUGGCUCUUCCUUGUCCCAUGAAGUAUGUGCCCAUGGCAUUACCUGGACCCUGCCUAGGAGCUUACAUUCUGCACUGAGGCAGAUUCCUGACUUAACCGUAAUGAUUUGUGUUCUGAGUUGGAGCAGACAGUGCCAGACAGAUCGCUGUGGGAGAGCUGAGCACAAAAGAGAAGUCACUCGCUAUCACCCCACUGUGGACAGCAGGGGCUCUGUCGGGUACAAUGGUUUGGUGACCAGCUCGCGAGCCAAAGGUAUCAUUGCCAUCUGCUGGGUCUUAUCCUUCAUCAUCGGCCUGACGCCCAUGCUGGGCUGGAACAAAUGCUCCCAGAGGGAAGCUCAGGACACCAAUAAUUCCUCGCUCAGCAACUGCAGUAGAAGCAUGGUAGCUUGUCUCUUCGAGACAGUGGUCACCAUGGAGUACAUGGUCUACUACAAUUUCUUUGCCUGUGUGUUGGUGCCCCUCCUCCUCAUGUUUGGCAUCUACCUGAAAAUCUUUCUGGCAGCCAGGCGGCAGCUCAAACAAAUGGAGAACAAGAUGGUACAUGGGGAGCGCUCACGCUCUACUUUGCAGAAGGAAGUCCAUGCGGCCAAGUCUUUGGCCAUCAUCGUUGGGUUGUUUGCCAUCUGUUGGCUUCCACUCCACAUUAUAAACUGCUUCACACUCUUUUGCCCGGGUUGUGCCCGUCCUCCCCUCUGGCUGAUGUACCUGGCCAUUAUCCUGUCUCAUGCCAACUCCGUAGUGAACCCAUUGAUUUAUGCCUACCGGAUCAGAGAAUUCCGACUCACCUUCCGUAAAAUUCUCAGGCAGCAUAUUAUAGGCAAGAAGCAGUUCAAGACUGGUACUGCCAGUACUAGGACUUCCACUUAUGGUGGGGAUGGAGAGAAUGCCAGCAUUAGGAUCAGUGAGUAUGCUCUGAACAUAUACACCAAUGGGGAGCUGGGUGCUAUCCACAAAGAUACUGACAUGCAGGACCUGAGUAAAUGCAAGGCAGGUUUGGAAUGGCACCACAAUGGGAAUUCACUAGACAUGGAGAUAAAUGGGCAUCUCCCACAUUCCUGCAAAAAUGGGGACCUUUCAGAUGCAUGCGGGAACAUGGAGCUUCUUACUGAAGAGCUAAUUGGCAUUCGUGUCUCUUACUCUGAACUGGAGAAUUCAACCUUGGCAGCAGCUGAUGUUUCCUGAUGACUCUCACAAUGUUUUCCCACUGGAAUGAAAUCUGGUGGUUUUUUUCUUUUUUCUUUUUUUCUACUGGCUGCCUCUGCUAUGGCAGAAAGGGAGGAUGAGGGGAAAAGAGGAGUGAGGCCAGGUCACUAUCAUGUAGGGGGUCCCUACCCAUGACUGAUGGGAAGAUCCAAAGAACUAGACUGGAGAAAGACUGAGAGGCACUGUUUUGAACAAAGGAAGAGGAGGGACACUAUAGCUAUCAAAGGCCCAAUUCAGAGAGACAGAGAGGAGAGCGCAAAGGUCAUCUCUGACAUCUGAAUUUUAGUAUUGGGAGACUCUGCUCCAGCAGGGUGUGUUAUGACAUUAUGCUGUACUGUGUAUCUGUGGUUGUUCAUCAGUUUAGUGUCUUUACCAACAGAAAUAAAGGUGUGGCUGAAACAUUUACUACUUCAUGAGGAGGAAGAGGGGGCAGGCCUUUUAACACUCUGGUCUCUAACAGAAGUAGGGGGGUAUAGCAGUGCCUACUGGUCAGGAAAGAUGCUAUGCUGCCUGAAGAGUGAAGGGAUUCACCUGGUGGGAACUUUCAGCAUCUUCAACUGUGAGAUUUCUGUUUUAAAAUCAGUUUUUAAAGCUUACUAGUGCAACAGGUUUCCUGAUUUUCCACUCACUGCUAGAUCAGUUAUGAAUUAUAUUACAGUGAGCUGGAAUAUGGACAGAAGGUUUUACCUCCCCUAUGUUCCAUGAGAUGGGCCGCUGGGAAGUUACUUGUGCGUAAGCUGCUAUUAUGUUGUCAGUUAUGAAUGUAUACAAGAGAGGGUGGCUCUAUCCAAGCCUACAGUGUCCAGCUACGUCCUGGCACAUUGAAGCAAACUGGUAACUAUAUUUCAGACCCUUCCAUUUCACCAAAAGAACAAAGACUAUAUAUGAUGAUUUGAUAGUUUUAUUAGCCAAUCGGACGCUGGCAGGUGUCUGUGUGCUGUGGGUAAUAGCAAGGCAGGGGCAGGUCUGUGUGGGAAGGGCUGAUCGGGUGGUGAUGGCAGGUUUUGUGAAUUGCUAACAACACACCUGCCAGCAAUGAGAAAUGACCACAGGCUGGUAAUAGGUCCAUGUUUGCAACGUCUUUGUGGCUGGUUCUUUCCUCUGCUUACCUUUGUGUGUCUGCACCUGUGUACGCAGAAUGCCCAUUCAUUCCACAGCCAUAGUUACGUUUUCUCUAGAAUUCCUCUUUUUGGUGAACUUUAAUUGCUCAUCUUUCCUGAAAGUAAAAACAACUUUUAAAACUGAACUUCGUCUUAAAGUCUGGAAUUCAUAUGAGCCCAAGUUCAUUAAAACCUUUUUUUCUAUAUUGUUUCAAACUCGUGGAAUCUGAUUAACCGUGAAGCCCUGUGUUUCAGUAACAUGUGGGUGUGCAUUACAAAUGAGUGCGCGUGCAUAUGUGUGCACCAGUAGAAAUGGGGGCAUGUGAGUGCAGUUUGAGAGAGAAAGAAGCUUGUGUUUCAGAGAACUGGAAAACAACGACCAGUGCAGCCCUCCCUGAUCUGUGUAGACACAGCAUUAGCCUUGCCUGCCUUUCUGAUAGACCAUGAUCUAAUCUGUCUCUAAUACAGGGUACAUGACAGUGUGAUAUGUUACAAAGGGUUUUUACAUGUGUUUGGAAUGGCCCCUUACUUGUAACUGGUGAAGCCACUCAUCCUAAAGGGGGCCAAUAAAAUCUUUAUCCAAGCCCAAUCAGCUUGUAUGCUGCAUCUGCCAUGUAUGGUUACGAGAAAAAAAAAAUAUUCCAAAGCUCACCUAAAAUAGCUAUUCCUGUAACACUGGUGUGGACAAAAGUCUAUCACAGGGCCUUCUGGGGCUAGAGGCAGGUGCCGUCUGUCCCACUGGAAAGCUAGGAAUCUCCCCUUUCCAGUGAUCUCUCCCCUUUGACCCUGAAGCAUUUAUGUAUCACCACUCCAUCCUAUCACUGGUCCAGGGCUGAGCAUUGGCCAUCCCAGACCUCAGAUCAGGGUAACUUUUUUUGAGGGGAGAGAUUCUGAAAUUUGGGGGCAAGAGAAGGAAACCCAAUGCUUAUUCGUUCCUUAUUGACAAGCUAUUUAAAGGGAAUUUCCUUUCUGUUAUGCUCCCUGGGUGAAUGGGGGCGAGGGGGGUUAGUGUAUGACUUUGGAGAGAGUUUAGCAGUGAGGGUCCCAGCCAGUACAGGGCUUUCAACAAGUAUGUCUGGCAGAUAAAAAGUUGCUUUUGCCACCAAAGAUCUCAGCAAAAAGACAAGGCAAGUAUUAAAACAAUAGACAUCACAGUCCAGUUGAGUCAGUUCCUUUUUAGCAUGAGUCUUCCAGUAUCAGGCUCCAUAGCUUGCAUUUGGGAUUUUAUUACUCUUGAUCUUCCCUGGUGGAAUAUAUUCCUCUAUGCUAUGUGGGGGAUUGUGCAUCGCCAACCUUCUGUAACCUUCCAGCAGUGGAGGAAUACACGAAGGGCUUUGAUCUUUUCAGAACUCAGUUAGGCGCUGAAAUGCUGCUAAGAAUAACACAAGAUGACAUCCUGCCUUCACAGCAUAACAAUUAGGUCUACACAGAAGCGGAGCAGGGAAGGAAGUGUGGGGAAAUAUCAGCAUUGCUCAUGUGCUGCAACACACACAAGUGCAGAAAGUGUGUGCUGUCACGUUCGGGUGGCUGUCACACAGGGAUCUGCCUGAUGCUAUAUUACAUCAAACUUUACAAGAACCAACACAGGCUGGCUGCCUUCCACUACUCCCCCAGCUUCCUCACACCCAAACGUGCAGCUUGGUUACUACAAGGACAGAGUUGAUCUAUGUGGGUUUAACAAACUUGGGAGGGUCCCACUGGAAAACUCUCCAGCCUAACUGGGUUGUCAUAUAAGCUCACUUGGUCUUCAGCAGUCUUGGAAUUGGCUCCAGUAUUGCUGUUCAGGGCAUUCAACCAACUGUGUCAAAUGCUCUUUCAUUGUUAAGAUCCAGAGCUGAAAGGAAAUGGGGUCUCUGUAGCCCCCAAAAGCUGAAGGAAAGCUGAGGCUGGGAUUGAUUCACAGGUUGUGGGCAGGACUAGGGGAGCUUGCACUAGAUCGGCAUCCCUUCCCCAGGCAGAGGGCAGCUCAGCUUGAAAGGAUUUAGAGAUGAUGCAAGCUCCUCAGGGCAGGGACCAUCUUUUGUUCCAGGUUCGUACAGCGCCUACCACAAUGGAUUCCUGGUCCAUGAUUGGGGCUUGUAGGUGCUAUGAUCAUCAUACUCCAGAAAAGAUGACUAGGGGAUGACAUGGAGCCCAUCAGAUUACACCCGUCUGUCUUUCGGCUGAUACAUGUUAGAGAUAGACCUUUGAGAUAUCUUGCUGGGGAAAUGUCAGACAAGCAGAUGAGGGCUGCCAUGCUCAGGAGCACUGGUUGGACACAAGUGUCCCUAUGCUCACUGGACAAUGUUCAACGGGCAAUCAAUAGCUUUAGGAGCCAGCGUUGCUAGCACAUAGUGACAUGGACAGCAAGCUCCACAGACACAGUAUUGGACUCCCUGUCAAGGUGCUGCCAACCCCAAGUGUUGAAAAAUCGUCAGUCAGGCCCCCAAAUACUAUGAGAUUUUAAAAAGCAGGGCAUUUGGGGUUCUGUUUAUUUGCCUUCCUCUUUUUGAUCCUUUUUAGGAUUCAUGUUUUCAGGUUUGUCUCCAUAUUUGUGAAUUGGAAGUAUAGAUUUGAAUGUGAGAAUGUGACUUCAGGAGCUGGGGCUGUAGCAAAACCAUCACACAUUAUGAGGCUCUUUAUUUGAUUGUGAUUGGCAACACGGGCAUCACCACUGUAAUCUGACUGCUGUUUAGGCCGAGAGUCUGAAAAAAGCCAGAGAAGAGGAGCUCUGUGCAAAGUAUAUGCUUUUCUCCUGACUCUUCUAUCUGUCCUUUUCAACUAUCUAUCUGUUACGCCACCUUCUCUCUACUACAAAAAUCAGUGGUCAAUACAAAGGUCAAAGUCGAUGUGCUUCUCCCCCUCCCACAUCCUCCUCACUUCCUUUGCAGUGGGGAAUGUUUAGCUGAUGAAACACAGCUGUUCUGAAGAGAAGGAGCCUAGGUGUCCCUCUCCCCACUGAGAGCCAUCUAGUGUCUGAUUCUAUGUGAGGGAGAUUCCAUUAAUUUCAUCAUUCCCAGGAGACUAGUGAAUUCCAGGGUUUAUUUGCCUUGCACAGUUUUAGAUGAGGUUCUGGCUGGUUGCCAGGAUUGACUUUAUCAAGAGCCAUUCUUAGGGCCUUUUGCUUGAUAGCAUGCUGUCUGGUUGUGUGUGCGCAAUACGUCACAACUUUAUUCUGUAUAGCAUGGUUCAGACUGACUGUUUCAAAAUCCUUUGCAGGUGUGAAUAGUACAGUUGCAGAGUUAAAUAGCAGAAAGCUAUGUAUCGACAAGACCAAGAUAUUUGAAUGACAGAUAACAUUUGAAAAUUGGUGGAAAGAAAUAGGAAGAGCUAUUUCAGACAAUGAGUGUUUACCAAUGAAAUUGUAAUUCGUGCUGGUCAGUAAGUGACUGCUUGUGGUUAGGAACAGGUUUGGAAAAAAUAGGGAGAUUUUGGAGGGCUCGGGGGGUGGGGCAGAAGUGUGCUGGAGGAUUCUGGGGCAGACAAGGGGCAGGAACAUGCUGGAAGAUUUGGGGAGAUGCAUUGCGGGUUCUGGGGGCGCACACAGGUGGCAUGGCUGGCCUGGAUAGCCCACGCUUCCCAUAUUUAUGCUUGACUUAGCAGGUGUAGCUGAUUGUUCCCAUCUGGUCAUUAUGUGGCUGAGGCAGAAUAGAUUUUUGGGUGGCUCCCCCUUCACAGAUGCUGCUCAUCUUCUUAGAAUAUCCAGAAGUCGCAAAGGCCUUUCUUCUUGAUUUGCAUCUGAUGAGCCCUUAUUUAAAAAUAAAUAAAUAACCUAACAAUAUUCUACAGGAAUGGCUAACCAAAUAGCAGCAAUGCUACUGAGCAGGCUGUGGCAUCACAGCUGUAGAAUACUCCACUGUUCUUUGAUAAGGAAACUGCCUAAAGAUCAAUCCUCUCCAUGGUUACCAUUUCAGGGGAAUCAGCCCUGGCACCUCGCUCCAGUGCUGAGUGGAAGAGGUCAAAGGCCUGAUUUUGAUCUUCCUUUCACCAGCAUGAAUCAGGAGUAACUAAAAUGAAGUUUCACCAGUGGGAAAUUGGUGUGAGAAGAGAAUCUGGGCCCCAAAUGCUUAGAAUGCGAGCAUCAGACCUGAAUCUGUUUCUUGUACCUCCCAGCCUUACUUUGGAAGCUAGGUUAGUUCAAACCACAGUGUACCAAAAUCAGGACUGGAUCCUUUUUAUCCCAGAGCAACUGUUGCAUUCACUCCUUGCCUCCUUCCCACUCACAGGAGAAUUUUUCCUCUUUCCUCUGCUUUUCAGAGCCAUCAUCUCCAUCUUGUAUUACACAUUCCCACUGUCCCAUGGGGUAAGGGGACCCAAACACCCCAGUGCAUACGUGGUAUCUCUUACCCUUUUAAUUUAAACGUUUUAUAAAUGAUAUAUUGGCUGCUCCCCCUUUCCCUCUAUCGAUGUCUAUCACUUAGGAGUGGGAGCAGCAUGGCAGAAGAGGGGGUGAAUUCUGUGCAUGUAAUUAUAUUUUAAGUGCAUUGACCAAUGGUUUAGAAUGUGAUGAGUCAUCAGACAGCCGGGCACUGAGGCGCCCGCUGCUGGUGAUGCUGCUGAGUGUAAUGUCUUGGUUACAUUUUUUUAAAAUGAGCAUUAAAAUAAUAAAAUAUAUUUCUAAAGGA